GGACAUGUUAGGCAUUUCCUGUACUACCACCCUGAGACUGAAUAGAAGAAGCAAAAGAGGUGGUCAGCGUAUGACGUGGCGCCGUGGGCUUAAAUAUACUCGUUAAGUUAGAAUCCAUAGGUACCCCUUGACCCAAAUGGCAUCUAAGAGUUAGCGCAACUUGGUUUGAGAAAAUAGAAGACAUGGUUCAAUACCGAAACUAGUGACAACAUUGGUGCAGCUUUCUUAUUUCUUCUGCUACUAAAAAGUAAAACAAAGUGGUGAAGGCUCUUUGGGAGGAUUUUCGAUGUUGUUUCUCCAGUAACCCAUUUCCACUUUUGUUUCCGUUUAGUUUUCCUCUUAUUUCAGUCGUGUUCCUAUUGUUGCUGUUAUUUUGUAUGACAUCUCUCCCUGCUCAUGUUUUAGUAAGUGUUUGGAUAGAUAAAUGAUAAAAUCAACUACAAAAUAGUUGCGGCUGGCUGGUUAGUGCAUGGGCAAGCACAUGUCGGUUGAGUUGCUCUCAUUUUCUCAACGUAUUUUCCGGUGUCGUCAAGUACGACGCUGGAUAAUCAAACGUACUUAAUUAGUCCCUAGUUGCAAUUUUAUUGUACUUUUACAUUGGGUAAAUUAUUAUUGACAUUUGAGGAUUACACAGAAGUGGCAGUAGCUAUUCUGCAACACAAAAUACCCUAGAUCUUUUUCGCGUUCUGAAUGGUUUAGCGCCUGCAUCAUGUUUGUCGAUUUGUUUUACUGUCGGCCUCAUGACUUAUUCGUCUGUCUGUUCUGUUUUCCUAUCUUAUCUCUUUCAGAUCCUCUUUGUGCUGGAGAAAUAUAGUCACGUGCAGAUUUGGUGAGAGCUUAAUAGCUGAACAUUUAACUUGUAUUGUGAUGGGUACAGAUGAAUACACAGUUAAUGUGCUGCACGAGGGUUGCUAUUCGAGAUCAUCAGUUGAUCAUGUUUAUCGCAAAUGUAAUACUGUCCUAAUUCGUGGUCCCUCAGGCGCGUUUGUAGUGAAUCCAGGAUCCGUUUGGAAUGGUCCCAAUUUAUUGUCAUCACUUAAGUCUGCAGGAGUGCAUGAACCCGAAAGGGAAAUAAAAGGUGUUAUAUGUACCGAUGGUCAUGCGGAACAUGUUGGCUGUAUGAGCAUUUUCAGUUGUGCUGAGAUGAUGAUUGUUGGCUAUGACAUACAAAAGCGAGGAGACAUAUUUUUGGAGCAUGAUUUUUGCGAUGGCAUCGCACCUUAUGAAUUUGAUGAAAACUUUUAUGUUGUUGGGACUCCUGGUCAACGUGGCCCACAGGUCAGCUUAAUAGUCAAUGGCCGUCUUGUAGAUCCAAAGAACAGUGAGUGUCGUGAGUCCUGUACCAUUGCUGUUACCGGGAACUUGUUUAUGGAUGUCCAAGAUGCUAGUCGUGUAAGCUUUCUCGAUACAUGGGAUGGAAAUCAUGGAGACAGUAAUUGUGACAAGGAAAAUUUGAUCAAUAGUUGGCGUCGAAGUCGUGGGCUUAUUUUAGAGCGAGCUGACUGGAUAGUUCCUGCAUACGGUCCUCCUUUCAAGGUAAAACCGGAAUAUUCCUUAACACCAUGUGUUGAACUCGCCUGAUAGUCUUACCAACGCUAUAUUCCAGCAUACUUUUUUGAAUGAUGAAAGCACCAUACUUUGUGAGAG